AUGAUACUGUUUCUAUUUCGUAUAGUCAUUGAAUUAGUUCUAUCUCUUAUUGAUUAAAUUGUCGUUUAAAUGAAUAAGUCACUAUCCACUUUCUCACCCUGACCGCAUGUGUACAUACGUAUACAGAUAUACAGAUGUCCACUACAGGAUCAUGGUGGGGUGAACGGUGCUUAAAUACACUGCCUGGAUUGUCCAUGUCUCCCAGUUCAUAUCUGACAAUCAUUGAACAUUUUCUCCCACAGAAGUUGUUUUUUUUCUUACUUUCAGCCGAUGCUGUAAGUGUAUCAACAAAAGACAUUAUUCAGGAAUAAUGAAAACAAUAAUUAUACUCUUGUUCGCGGUAGUUGCAACCACGACAACGUUAGAAUUGCGCAAUAACCAAUCACACUUAAAUACACGAAAAGCAAUGAUUAGGUACUAAAGAAUUACAACAUGUUGCACAAUUGGAAUAUUUUACUAUCAUCUAGUAGUUUCAAGCUGUGCAAGAGGUCAGACCCGAAAGUAUUAGAAUGCAUCGCGAAUGCCGCCAGAGAUGCAGUUAUCUCAUUGGCCGAAGGUUUGAAAGACUUCAAAAUCUUGCCUAUUGAACCACUGACGAUCAACAGUGUGAAAAUCGGCGAAACUCAAGGUUCGGUGUCACUCAAACAAGAAUAUCAGAAUGUUAAACUGCAUGGACUAACGAAAGGAUUGCAAAUCUAUAAUUAUCAGAUAGAUUGGGAUAAUUUAAUAUUCAAGUCGUUAGCUUUUAAUCCUCAAGUGGAUUUUGUUGCCGAUUAUAAAAUUGAAGGCAAGAUUCUGCUAUUGCCAAUACAAGGAGAGGGUAGAUGCAAUAUAACUAUGUAUAACUUGACGACAACAAGUGAUAUACGUUUUGAGAAGUUCCAGAAGGAUGGGGAAACCUACUUGAGAGCAAUUAAAUAUUUAGUCACGCUUACUCCCAAACACAUAACAUUGCACUUUGAUAAUAUCAUGAGUGGAAAUACUUUCUUAGAUGAGGAAAUAAAUAAAUUCAUCAAUACGAAUGCCGAUGUGCUUUUCAAGGAACUUCAAGCUGCUUAUGAAGAAACUUUCGGUCUGAUUUUUACUAAAAUCACUAAUGAUAUUUUCACCCGUGUGCCAAUGAACAAGAUUUUUAUGUAGAUCAAUA